AUGGGCAAGCUUCAGCUGGUGCAGCGAUUCACGGUGAGGGUGGUGGCGCCGCGCAAGCUCAAACAGGAGUUCCAGCAAACUGGCGGCAGGAUCGAUGGAUCCACGGCCACCUUCGGAGCCCCGUUUUACGGCGACAGCUUCCUAGGGCGGCUCGUGUAUGGCGACUCCAAGGGGGAGCUGCACUGCACGGAUGGCGAUUACGACGUGCCGGAGCCUUCGGAGUACACUCCCGAAGGAAAGAGCUACAAGGAGGUUUCGCUCAUCAACAUUGUGCUCGUGGAGCGCGGUGGUUGCUCCUUCGUCACGAAGGUGAAGGUGGCGAGGCGCAAGCAUGCGCAUGCAGUGAUUAUCGUAGACAAGAAGGAUUCCGUCCUGACUUCCCAAGACAUUCGCAACAUCAUCGUCGCCGAUGACGGCUACGGUUCGAACAUUAACAUCCCCUCGGUCCUCAUCUCGCGUCCGGACGGAAGCUGUGCUGUGGGCUUUCCUGCAGAUGUGGCUAGACGCUAG